AUCCGAAAUAGAAAUGUGCUUGUUUGAAAAUAAAAGGAAAUUUAGGGGUUUUCGUACAAAAAAAAAACACAAACAAGAUCGAAGUGGAUAGAGAUACUGCGAUUCACUUUGCCGAAGCGAUCAGAGAAUUUUUUUCCGCGUUGCAUAAGGGGGAAAGACGAGGUACAGCAUUCACGACGUCGUUUCUCUCCUGAUUUCGCCCCUUUGAUUCUCGGGAUUAAUAGAUCAAGAGAUGACGCCGGUUUGCCCUUUUGUUAAAGCGGCGCGUCAUCCGGACGCGCAGUCGUUGAAGAAGCACGGGGCGGAUCACGAGGCUAAGGGGAGGAAGGACUCCGGUGACUCCGCCACCAUCUCCCCCAAGUGCCCUUUUGGAUUUGAUUCCCAAAGUUUCAAGAUUGGUCCUCUCAGUUGUGUGAUAUGCCAAGCACUUCUUUUUGAAAGCAGCAAAUGCGUGCCUUGUUCUCACCUAUAUUGCAAAGCAUGUAUAUCGCGAUUUAAGGACUGUCCAUUAUGUGGAGCUGAUAUUGAGAAGAUUGAAGCUGACACGAACCUUCAGAGUAUGGUAGAUAGAUUUAUUGAAGGUCAUGCCAGAAUCAAGAGGUCUCAUGUUAAUACAGAUAAUGAGGAAGUUGUAAGUGAUAAUAAGAAAGUGAUUUAUGAAGAUGUAUCAUUGGAGAGAGGUGCUUUCUUGGUGCAACAGGCCAUGAGGGCAUUUCGUGCCCAGAACAUAGAAAGUGCCAAAUCUAGACUCAGUAUUUGUGCUGAAGACAUCCGAGAUCAGUUGGAAGGCAAGGGCAACACGCCUGAGUUGUGCUCACAGCUUGGGGCAGUUCUUGGUAUGCUUGGUGACUGCUGUCGUGCUGAGGGAGAUGCUGCUGGUGCAAUCAAGUAUUUUGAAGAGAGUGUUGAAUUUCUUAUGAAAUUGCCAACAGAUGAUCUAGAGAUUACACAUACGCUAUCUGUUUCACUUAACAAAAUUGGAGAUCUUAAAUAUUAUGAUGGAGACCUGCAAGCUGCAAGAUCUUACUAUUUUCGUUCAUUGGGUGUUCGCCGUGAUGCUGUCAAGAAUCGAUCUGAUGUUCCUUCCCAGGUUCUAGAUGUAGCAGUUUCCCUUGCAAAAGUUGCAGAUGUUGACAGGAAUCUAGGAAAUGAGAAUGUGGCUGUUGAUGGAUUUCAGGAAGCCAUAAAUAUGUUAGAUUCCUUGACACUGAAAUCUGAAGAAGCUAGUCUUGAGCAACGGCGUCUUUCAGUGCUCGAAUUCCUCAAAAAUCAGCUCGAAGAUAAACAAUCUGAACAAGCUCCAUGAGGUCAGGUCUCUUCCAAACUAAAAAAAUAAUCAACAGACCCCUGUUUCUGUAUAUACGCAAGCUUUAGUUGUUUUAAUAAUUAGCUCUGGCCAUCCCUGUAGUACUAUGUCCCGGAUUCUCGUGAGCGUUUUCUUUUCUCCCCAGCAGCCCUGGGUGAGGGUCGAUGCCUUGUAUGCCAAAAUAAAUUGUAAAUUAGGGAUUGUUGUUAUUGUUGGUACUGCUAUCCAUGAGAUACACAUUGUUAGACCUUUGUAAUCCUGCUUUUUUCUUAUUAAAAAAAUUUACAAAAAAAAAAAAAAAAAAAAAAACAAAACGGAAUCAUUAGAAUUCAUGAAUAAGCAAAUGGUAUUAAAGAUUGAAUGGCUGUACACAGCUCAUAAUAUUCCGACGUAAAAAAAAAAGGCCAAGAAAAGAGAAAAAGCAAAGAGUGUAAUUAACACUCCAAAUAUGAAAACGUAAAGGAUUACAAUACUAGGAAAAAUUCCCAUGGAAUAAAGGAACAUGAGAUAGGACAUGUGAACUGAGCAUUGACCUAAGUGUUCUUCACAACCUCUUUUCCAAAAGAAAGACUCCUCUACUGCUUGUAUUUUAAGUCUAUGAUUCCACUUUUCUAAUAUCCAAUCAAAAUGAGAUUAGAUG